AUGCGCCGAAUACAAGCUCUUAGAUUAGUCGUCCAGACGAAAAGUGUCAUUCUCAACAAAAGGAAACUAUCCCUGCACGUUAAAGAGGAAAUCAAGCAUGCUUUGGAAAAAAAACAGCCAGUGGUUGCCUUGGAAUCCACCAUCAUCACUCACGGCAUGCCAUUUCCUCAAAAUAUCGAGUGUGCCAAGCAAGUCGAGGAUGUUGUUCGUCAACAGGGUGCAGUACCUGCAACAAUCGCCAUUAUCAAUGGAAAAGUUGAAGUGGGGCUGACCGAAGACGAAAUCAAUAUACUGGGCGACACCAAAACCAGUGUGCCCAUCAAGGCAUCUAGACGAGACAUCUCCUAUGUAGUGAGUACCAAAUCAAAUGGUGGAACCACUGUCUCCGGAACACUUUUGGUUGCAAACAAAGCCAGAAUUCCCAUAUUCGCUACAGGAGGCAUUGGUGGAGUCCAUAGAGGGUCAGAAACCACUUUUGAUAUCUCCGCUGAUUUGACAGAACUAGGAAGAACUGGAGUAGCAGUAGUCUCAAGCGGAGUAAAAUCCAUAUUAGACAUUCCCAAAACACUGGAAUAUCUGGAAACUCAAGGCGUUUUUGUUGCGACUUUUGGUGAAUCAAAUGAAUUUCCUGCAUUUUACAGUAGAAAAAGCGGUUGUCAAGUUCCCUAUUUCACAGAAAAUGUCGAUGUUGCUGCUCGAAUUAUCAAAACUCACAGGGAACUAGGCGUGCAAUCAGGUAUGUUAUUUGCUGUGCCAAUUCCUGAAGAAUAUGCCUUGGAUUCGAUUGUCAUAAAUGAAGCUAUUGAGGAAGCACUGAGUGAAGCAAAACACGAUGGUAUCAAAGGAAAAAAUAUCACCCCUUAUUUAUUAUCAAAAAUUGCAUUAAUAACUGAGGGACAAUCACUUCAAAGUAAUAUCGCAUUGAUAAAAAACAAUGCCAAAGUUGCAGCAAGCAUUGCUGUGGCAUUGUGA